AGAGAGAGAGAGAGAGAGAGAGAGAGAGAGAGAGAGAGAAAAGCCACUCAUUAGCUCUCCUGAUAAUUCUUCUAAUCAUUAAUGCCAGAAAUCUAUGCAGCAGGUGUAGAUGAUUUUAUCUGUCUGCAAUUGUACUUGUGCUGAAUUUAGCCUUAAGGCACAACAGCCCUAUCUCAUAGGCAGGCUACCUCUGGGUGAAUCUGCUUUAUCUGCUUAUUUAUUUAUUUAGAGAUGGAGUUUUGCUCUUGUUGCCCAGGCUGGAGUGCGAUGGUGCAAUCUCGGCUUACCAUAGCCUCUGCCUCCUGGGUUCAAGCAAUUCUCCUACCUCAGCCUCUGGAGUAGCUGGGAUUGCAGGCAUGUGCCACCAUGCCCAGUUAAUUUUGUAUUUUUAGUAGAGAUGGGGUUUCUUCAUGUUGGUCAAGCUGGUCUCUAACUACUGACCUCAGGUGAUCCGCCGGCCUUGGCAUCCCAAACUGCUGGGAUCACAGGCGUGAGCCACCUGCUUUUAAUUCUUUUAUGUUUGGCUCUUGUUUAUAACUUCUUUUAGAGAAAGAAUAAAGGUUUCUUUAACCAAAAAGAGAAAGAAAACCACUGCUGUAUAUUUAACAUAUAGAGAUUCUAGAGACCUGGAAUUGAACAGUGAGUUCUGCCUGUCAACCUGCUCUCCAGGUGUUCAACAUCCAAGAAUGUGAUCUAUUACUGAAGUGCCAUGUCAGGUAGGGAUAAAUCACAAUAGUUGGUCAACUGUUGAAACUGAUCAUUCAACUAAACAACAUUCAUGAACUCUGCAGAAAAACACAAGCAUUUUGCCCAACAUUCAGGGCCCUCUAGAAGUUGCCUCAUUCUGUGUAUCUUACCUUUCUUUUACAUAGUUCUCCAAAAUGUCCACCAAGGUGGCCUAAGUCAGGUUCCUUCAAACCAGAUAUCAAGACAAGAAUCCAUGUACAAGUGACUGAAGGAAGUGCUAGGAAAAUGCCAGAUGUAGCCUGGAUGUGAAUGACAACUCCAAAGUGUGUCUAGACUCAAAGCAAGGAUGCUGGGCUUUCCAGACCUCCUACUAAGUCAUUGAUCCAGCAUUACCCUGGCAGGACAUAAAUCCCUGGCAGGACAUAAAUCCCUGGCACUUCUAGCUCUCUGCAAAGGAGGGCAAAGCAGCUUCAGGAGCCCUUAGGAGUCCUCCAAAGAGAGUCUAGGUACAGGUCCUAAAAUAGAAGAACACAGAAGGCAGGCCGGGGCACUGUGAGAUGGUAAAAGAGAUCUGAAGGGAUCCAGGUAAGUUAUUGAAAGUUAUUCAUUCAUUUUCAUUCCCAUAACUUCAGACCUGAAUCCUUGCCAGAUCCACGUUCCCUUUUAGGUAUCCUGAGCAGGCCUAUUUUAUAUCAUACCUUUCUGUACUUAUGGUGGAAACCAAUAGGUCUUUUUUUUUUUGAGACAGUCUCACUCUGUUGCUCAGUCUGGAGUGCAGUGGCAUGAUCUUGGCUCACUGCAACCUCUGCCUCCUGGGUUCAAGUGAUUUUCCUGCCUCAGCCUCCCAAGUAGCUGGGACUAGUUGGGAGCGCUGUUGCAGGGGCUUGUGCAGGGAAUAAUGAACCCCCUUUUUAGGUAAUCUUGUAUAAUAGGGCAAUUCCAUUUAUGGCUUCCUGUCGUAGAGGGUAUUAAGGUUGGGUACAGGUUUCUUUGGGUUUACCUCUACCUUUAUUGGAGUGGCUGAGAAUAUUUUCCCUUUAUCUGUAUUUGAUUGAGACCGUAAGUGGGAGGGGACAUCCUUGAGCAAGCACUCGUGUUAACAGGAAGAUUGGGGAAGUAAAAAGGAGUUUUACUGUUUCCUGCUCUUUAUUCCAGUACUUUCUCUUCUCCCCUAAUAUUUCCUUCUGUGUCUCUAUUUCAUUUUCCCGGCCACAAGAUGAUGUUUUAACAUUACUAGCAUUAAAUUGUGGUACACUGUCAGGACAUUUUGUAAUUUGGUAUUUUUGGUCUCCUGGCCCCAAUUCUAAAAAAAGUUUACCUUUUGAUGAAAAAGAGAUAUGGCAUUCUGGAUGUUGAGGAGAUCACAGCCCAAAAGACUGACAAGGGCCCCAGGGCAUAUAAGAGACAUAUGGGACCUACUGAGCAUGUCACACUUAGAGCCUGCAUUGUGGGAGCUGAACCCGAUGAAACGAAUUUAAGCCAGGAAGAAGCAGCAUUCUGUCUUCCGGAUUAAAACUGAAGAUCAACCUACUUUCAACUUGCUAAGAAAGGGGAUCAUGGACAUUGAAGCAUAUCUUGAAAGAAUUGGCUAUAAGAAGUCUCGGAACAAACUGGAUUUGGAAACAUUAACUGACAUUCUUCAGCACCAGAUCCGAGCUGUUCCUUUUGAGAACCUUAACAUCCAUUGUGGGGAAGCCAUGGACUUGGAUUUAGGGGCCAUUUUUGAUCAAAUUGUGAGAAGAAAUCGGGGUGGAUGGUGUCUCCAGGUCAAUCAUCUUCUGUACUGGGCUCUGACCACAAUUGGUUUUGAGACCACGAUAUUGGGAGGGUAUGUUUAUAGCACUCCAGCCAAAAAAUACAGCACUGGCAUGAUUCACCUUCUCCUGCAGGUGACCAUUGAUGGCAAGAACUACAUUGUCGAUGCUGGGUUUGGACGCUCAUAUCAGAUAUGGCAGCCUCUUGAGUUAAUUUCUGGGAAGGAUCAACCUCAGGUGCCUUGCAUCUUCCGUUUGACGGAAGAGAAUGGAUUCUGGUAUCUAGACCAAAUCAGAAGAGACCAGUACAUUCCAAAUGAAGAAUUUCUUAAUUCUGAUCUCAUAGAAAGCAGCAAAUACCGAAAAAUCUACUCCUUUACUCUUGAGCCUCGAACAAUUGAAGAUUUUGAGUCUAUGAAUACAUACCUGCAGACAUCUCAAGCAUCUGUAUUUACUAGCAAAUCAUUCUGUUCCUUGCAGACCCCAGAGGGGGUUCACUGUUUAGUGGGCUUCACCCUCACCUAUAGGAGAUUCAAUUAUAAGGACAAUACAGAUCUGAUAGAGUUCAAGACUCUGAAUGAGGAAGAGAUAGAAAAAGCACUGAAAAAUAUAUUUAAUAUUUCCUUGGAGAGAAAGCUUGUGCCCAAGCAUGGUGAUAGAUUUUUUACUAUAUAGAAUAACGAGUAAAACAAACUUGUGUAUUUAUUACCUAGCUCACCAGUUAUCAACUGAUAACGGUGUCUUCUGUAUCCUUACAUUAUUUUAAAGAGAAUCCUAGACAUCAAAUCAUUUCACCCAUAAACAUUUCAGCAUAUAUAAUUAAACAGCUUUUUAAAGAAACAUAACCACAAACCUUUUGAAACAAUCAUAAUAAUAAAGGUGUUUUAAAGAUGGCCUUUGGUUAUCUUGGCAAUCAGAGAUUUAUGCUAGAAAGCUUUUAAUGUUGGUUUAUUGUUGAAUUCCUAGAAAGGUUUUAUUGGUAGAUGAGUAAAUAGAAUAUUGUGAAAAAAAUUCUUGUCUAUAAAGUAUAUUAAAACACUGUUGGCUAAUACAA